GAUCCACCAUGAUGAUCUUCUGGCCCGGGCUGCUCACCCUCCUCUCCUGUUCAUAGUCCCCGCCAUGCCGAAUGUGGCCACGCUCCCAGGAUGGUUCUCUUGCAGCUGCUGAACCUUAUGGCACCUUGUUACUUCCUCUGCCUCCUCGCAGUCACGUUUAGCCUUCAGCUCUUCUUCUUCCUGCCUGGGAUGUGUGAGGAGCACUCGCUGCCGCUCACUGGCCUUCUUCACGGUUUCUUCUUCGUCUUCUUCUUGGUCAAUGUCUUAGGAAACUACUUCCUUGUCAUUUGGAACAGCCCUGCGUCCGGUGGAAUCCAUGCCGAGAUGUCUGAUAAGCCAUUCUGUCGUAUUUGUAACCGGAUCAUGUGGGAUCAGGAGCACCAUUGCUUCUUCACGGGGACGUGCAUCGGCCGCAGCAACCUGCGCAGCUUUGUGUUAUUCUGCCUUCAUGCGUCCUGCAGCUGCUUCCAUGCGGUGGUGGCAGGCGUGGGAUACAUUGCACACAACUUCUCUUUGUCUUUCUCCAAUCCUCUAACUCUCCUCAGGCUCCUUCCUCUCUCUGUAACGCGCUUCUUCUCAGGUUCCCUUCUUAGUUCGGAGAUGUUGGCUGUCCUCAUGCUCUACCUCUGGUUAGGGGUGGGUUUGGCCUGUGGUGCCUUCUGCUGUCACCAGCUGCUAUUGAUAUCCAGAAGAGCAGUGUGUCCCCGGAGCGCGUCCCACCACAGCCACAUCAACUGGACGGACAACAUGUCAAGCGUCUUUGGGAAGCGCUGGCUAAUGGCCAUUAUUUUUCCUACCACAAAGGAGAAAUAAAGACAGGAAAAGUGGUUUGACUUACAAAAUGUCAGCAUGGACUCUGCUGAGCCGAGCGGGUACAUGGCCUCAUUGCUUUGCAUUAACAGUGGGGGGACUUUUACUGCUGCACUUUGCUUAAGUGGCCUCAUGUAGCUUAUAGUGACUGCUAAAUCCUCUCAGUGAUCUGCACAGAAAACACAAAGUUAGACUUUCCCAAUAUUGUUCCUAUCCCCAAAAAGCCUAAAAUAUCCUAGGAUAAGAUAUAAUACAGAACGUACAGAUACAUAGAAGCUUUGUACCCUCUGUGUUGCCCCUACUUACCCUGUACCAACAGCUACAGCUGCUUCCUGCCCUACAGACAUUUCACCCCAAUCUCUAUAUUACAAGCUGGAUGUUUAUAGAGAAGUCAUGAGGUCCUUCCCCUGCACCAUGUCUAUAGAGAAGAAGAGAUCAAUAACCAGUAUCUGUAGACACAUCUCAUGUAGUGCCCCUCACUAUUAUAUAUCUAUAGAGGACAGAUCAAUAACCAGUAUCUAUAGACACAUCUCAUGUAG